AUGCCAUCUCACCAUGACAGGAAUCUGGGUUUCGUGAUCAAGGUGACUUCAAUGAUGAUUUCCCUGCCCGUCUCCCUGCGCAUGAACUCCAGAUCGUCGUGAUGGCUACCGACCUCUUUUCUCUCUGUCUCUUCCUUGCAGCAGUCCUCAAACUCGGGGGAACCCUUCACGCGGCACCUUACGAGAUAGAUGUCUAUCAGGAGAUCAUUGCCCUCAUUGUCGAUAACUUCAAGAGAGUCAAAUUGAUUCGCAAAACGACGUCGUGUUCAAGGUACAAGGGUUUGGAGCUGGACGCACAACUACAAAAGAUUGAGGAUGUCUUGAAGAAAGCUAGGAGGGCCGUGAGCUGGAUCCCACGUGACAUGAACGGCAACUCUGACCUUGGACCAAGAGAGUUCGUCGCGUGGACGCUGACUUGGAAGAAAGUUGCGGAUGCACAUCAAGAACUUUUGAGAAUGUGCAGUAUUGAGUUGGCAGAAUUGAAGAUUGAGAUGGCCGAGUUGGAUCAAGCCAGUAAACGGCACUACCCAGAGACGAUUUUCUUCGAGCAAGUACGACAACAAACAUGGACAAUCUUAUGCGACAGAGCAAAAAGGAAUGCCAGUCUCUACGUAGGACCGGGAGAUCAAUUAUCUCGCUCGAUUGCUGAUAAUGUUAUGGCAUUCUAGAGACGACUUGAAGAGUUACGGUGAACAGAACGAGGACAAGAUUGGACACCUAUGGAAACCGCAUUUCGGGGAGUUUGGGUUGCAUAUGCGUACACAGAUUGCAUAUAUUGGUGGCAAGGAGCAUUGAAUCAUUGUUAGUAGUUGCAUCAUGAAUCGGGAGAUCCAGUCUCUGAUCGUUUUAUCGAAUACUUUUACGUACUUAUGAGUGCUGUUCACGUAGCCAGAAUUCAUAUACAUGCGAG